GUACUCGCGCUCCUGUGGGGAGUGUGGGGAGAAGAGAGAAGAGGGGGGAAAAAAAAAGGAUCAGGACGGAGGAAGAAUGUCCCUCGCCGGGACCCGUCGGCCGAACGCGGAGACGCCGUUGGGCUGAGAGCGCGCGGCGGGUUAAGAUGGCGGCGCCCAGCACGGCGGAAAGCUCCUGAGGGAACGGAGGAGUUGGUGGUUGUUGUUUUUUAAACCCUUCGCGGCGGACUAGCACGUCGGUUGGAUUUUUUUUUUUCUCCUAGGGAGGAAUAUAUAUUUCGUUUGUGGCGGAAGGAGGGGAUGGCUAGGCCUUUUUGAGGAGCUGUUUUGCUUUUAUUCCCCAUUGAAUGCCAGGGGCUUGUUCUCUCCAUCGAGCCUACCUGGCAGGGUUGUUGUGCAGCCUUUCCCGACCUAAAGGUGGGUGGGAUGUCUCCAAAUGCGGGCAGGCUACGAAGAGAAGAAGCUUUCUGUGAAUUAAAAGUGUAUUCCUUUAAAAUAUAGACGAAAAUAGAGCUGAAGUUCCUCACAUAAGUAGAAGAAACGAAUCCUGAGGGAGAAAAAACGGCACUAAACAAUCCAGCAAGAACCAAGUGCAGGGGGACAAUGCUGAGGACUUUGCGAAAACUCAUCCCUUGGGGAUACCAGCUGGAACAGGAUGGCUUUCUCUACUGCAGAACCUGGCAGAGGACAAUGGCAACUCAGAAUGCCCAGCUUCAACCAGAAAUUCUCAGAGCGGCCUUUGUUACCAGCGAGAAUGACCCAGCCAAACACAGCGGAGAUCACGUAGGUCAAUACUACACCAUCUCCCCCGAGGAAGUGAAGGAGACCCUCCCUCACGGGCUCCCAGCUCGCUUCAAACUCCAGAUGAAAACUUUCAACGAAGCUUGCGUCAUGGUUCGACAGCCGGCGGUAGAACUCAUCUCCUACUUAAAACACACCAACUUGUCUCAUCCAGCCGUCCGGUAUCUCCUCUAUGGAGAGAAGAGUACAGGAAAAACCAUGGUUCUCUGCCACGCUGUGCAUUAUUGCGCCAGGCAGAAUUGGGUCAUCGUUCACAUUCCAGACGCUCACCUGUGGGUGAAGAAUUGCAAAGAAUUGCUGCCAUCGUCUUACAACAGCGAGCGGUUAGACCAGCCCGUGGAAGCGGCAAACUGGCUGAAGAAUUUCAGAAUCACCAAUGGGGAAGUUUUAAGCCAGAUCAAAACACAACAGAAGUACAUCUGGGGCAAGCGAGAUGUCACUGAAGAAGGCUGUUCGCUGAUAGAUUUGACUGAGAAGGGCUUAGCUUGGGUGAAAUAUGCUAGCGAUGUCGUCGGGGUGAUCUUGAAAGAGCUGAAGCAGCAAUCUUGCCAGGGGUCCUUCCGACUGCUGGUGGCGGUGGACGGGAUCAACUCCCUUUGGGGGAAGACAGCGUUGAAGCACAACAAGCAGAACGUCUCUGUGGAGGAGCUGACGCUGAUACACAAUCUCAGGAAGAUGGUGGACAACGAUUGGACGGGAGGGGCCAUCGUGGCCACGUUCAGCCAGACGGGAGCCCCCUUCACGCCCCGACCGCUUUAUUUGCCGCACGAGUUGCUGGGACGGGAAGGUUUCGCCGCCUUGGAUCCUUUUGUUCCCAUCGAGGUUUGCAACUACACGGAUGCGGAGUUUGAGAGCUGCUACCAAUAUUAUCUGGAGCGCAAGUGGCUGCAGCAUGAAAAAGCCAACACCAAGGAAGGGAGACUGGAACUCCGUUUUCUCUCCGGACGCAACCCCGGACUGUUUGAACGACUCAGCGCUUUCUUGUAGCAAAGGAUCUCUCCCACCGACCCACCGACAUCCUGGCUUAAGAAAUCCCCUUGUAAUAAACGUUCUAAAAAGA